AUGCCCUCAACAGAUUUUAUAAUGAUUGAAAAGCCAAAUAAUGAUGAAAAACUACCAAUAUUUGAAGCUCCUCUAGCAAAAUGCAAUCAUGAUGAUAAGACAGUAGAUGAUGAUAUUCUUAUUGGAUUCAAGAGUGGAAAAAGAUCCGCAAUUUUAAAAUUAUAAGAAUCAAAUAACUUCUUUAGAUUAAAAGGCUGUGGAAAUAUGAAUCUUGGGUUUAAUAAGUAGUAAAUGGCCUUUCCUGAAGAAUGGCAAGAAAUUAGAGGAGUAUAAUUUUCAAAUACUGCAUUCAGAGAGAUUUAUUUCAGCGAGAAGAUCAAUAAUCUGCUUAAUCAAAAAGGUUUCGUUUUAGGAAAUACUCCAUAUGGUCUUUGGAAAUAUUCUGAAGACAUUGACAACUUAACUAAUGAUUGCCCUAAAUUAGAUAAAUAUUGUGGAAUUUAUAAAACAUUUGGAGAUAAGAGAUUGGCUACACAUCUAUUUUAAGGAAUUGAAAUUAUCUUAAAAUCACUGAUAAACAUUGGGAUUUAGUAAGGAGAUAUUAGUAUUGAUCAUCUUGAUAAACUUAAAAAUUUGUUCAAUUAAAGCAGAAUCAAUACUUAAAAUAACAGCAUAAGCAAAACUUCUACACUAACUAAAUUCAAAGAUCCCUCAAUUUCCAAUCCCAAAAUAUAAGAGGAUUUAAGUGAAUAUUGUCAACACAGUGAAUCAGUUAAACAGACUUUGAAAGAAAGAUUAUAGAAUUUUAGCUCAAUCUUAGGGUUUCUUGAAGCAGUUAUAUUGAUGUUUAAAAGAGCUGGAUAUGAAACAGGGUAAGUCAAAAGGACAUUAGAUGAAAACUUGAUAUCCUGGGGAUAUUACAUUGAUCAUAAUCCCUUUUAACCACAUUGCAAUGCCCACCCUAAUAAUUUUCUUGUGUUAGAUCUGUUAGCAGAUUACAAUAAUGAGUAUCAUAAUUUACUUGCACCUGUUGAUUUUGAUAUGACCUAUGAAUUUAAACAAUUCAUAAGUAAUGUAUAAGAUGAUCCAGCCUAAUAUGGAAAACAAGAUAGAGAAUUAUUUGAUAGCUGGAGUGGCUCUGAAAAGUAUGAAUUAGAAAAAGCUCUCGGGGGUGAGGAGAACAUGGCGAAUUUUGUCUAUGGGAUACAAGAGGAGGAGAACUAAGCUGAGGAAUAAAAAGAAGAUGAUCUUUCACAGCAGAUUUUCAAAACUCUUAAUGUCUGUUUAAGAGAUGUCUCUGUCUUGAACUAUAGAGAAAGCUAUGAUAAAAUCAAUCAUUAAGAUUGGAUUGAAGAUAAAUACAGCUACUAAACCAGAAUUUAAGACAUUAAUCAAAUUAUUUAGCUUGCUCUACUGCUAACAGACAAUAAAGAUACAUGA